AUGCCUCUAAGGUUCCGAAUUCUGGUGAUAGGAAAGACUGGCGUUGGCAAGUCUUCACUGAUCAACCGCGCAUUUGGAGUACAAAACGCGACCGCUUCGCACGAUAAGCCAGGCGAGGUCAGUAUCGACCACGAGUUCAUCUCAUUGCAGAACAACAAGUUUGUUCUCCACGACAGCAAAGGUUUUGAACCAGGGGAAAAAGACAACCUCAAAAUAGUCCGAGAUUUCAUUGACCAUCGAAGAAAAAUGCCUUAUUUGAAAGAUCAGUUGCAUGCUGUUUGGUGGGGCCUCCGUCUUAAUGCAUUUGUACGGCAAGCUGACGACAUGCAAGGCUUUGCUUUGAAAUACCCCGCGCAGGCGGGCGUUUACUUGAGACCGGUGUGGAGCAAUUUCUCACAUCGAAGCGCGAGGGGAAGCUGGGAAACAGUCAAAGUUCCCAUUGUCGCCGUUUUCACUAAAUACGACACUCUCCUCGACCGCGUGGAGCGAACUCUGGACAAGUCUUCUCUCAAGGGUCUGAGCAAGGCGGACAUUCAGGAACUCACCAAGAAAAACGCAAAAGGCAAGCUACAGGAAGUCUGCGUCGCACCCCUGGAGAAAUUUGCAGGGUCCGAUAUCCCGCAUGUUGCGGUCUCCACAAAUGGAAACCACGAGGAGACGUUGGCCCGUUUGAUCCAAACUACUGAAGAACUCGUCUGUAAGCAUGUUGGGACUGACGCGUCGGUGAUGACGUCCGUCGCUCAGCGAGUGGAUCCUGGCCUCAAAAUAAAGGCAUCAAUAGAAAUUACCGAACAUAAACUGAGCCCUUCCGUCUGUCUUUCAGAAUACUGGAAGACAUUCACAUCGAGCGUACCAUUCAAGAACCACCCUAAUGGUGUAAUAGCUCUCUCUUCUUUAUUAGUUGUCGCAUAUUCUGACGUGGCUUACGUGCAGUACUUGUGCAGCCCUGAGUUCAGGGGAUUGAUGACGAACAUGGUCAAUGAGCUGGACGUUGGACCUACUGCUGAUGCCAACCAGAACCUUAAAUUUGGGCUUUCCAUGGUGGGUACUAUUGCGGGCAUCGCGUCUGCCCUGGCCGGACCUGCAGCCCCCAUCAUUGUGCCGAUAGCAGUAAGUGUUGUGGUCGUGAAAUGGGUUCAUGAGGUGUAUCAGCAGUCCUGCGCGGCGCUCCUGCGCUUCAUGGAAUACAUCAUCGACUUGACUCUUGUGUUGCAGACGCUGUAUCUCCUGUCGGAAAACCAGGAAUUGUCUCGUAGAGCCAUCAAGCUUGCGGUCAAGUCCUAUCACCACUCACCAAUGAGCGGAGGAGUCCAUAAUCGGAUUCAGGAGUACGACAGGCAAUUGACCUUGCGGAAACGCGCAGACCGGGAUUCGUUGGAUCAAUUGAUUGAGCUACUGCAAUCAUAUAGCAUCAGUGCAAAAGAAGUGUCGGAUCUUCGGGGAAGUUUGCCCGCUGUGGAUUUAUCGUCGGAUGAACCAUGGGACACGGUUGAGAAGUCUUAG